AUGCGCUUGCCAAGCCGAAGAACGGCGCACCGUCUGUUGUGCAGCGCCCGCGCGAGUGUGGCGACCUUGGCGGAACGCACGUCCGGAAAUGUGCCCAGUAGCUGGGGGCUGGUCGGGCCGUCGUUGGGCUCAGCCAAGGAGGGACGGGACACCAAUAGCGUGACUGCGCUUCCGCAACACGUGAGGCACUUUCGGAAAGCCGUUUCGGAUUGUUCUGUCUGGGCGGCUGGUGGGACGUUAAUCCAAGGGGGAAGAUGCCCCAUCGCCAAAGCCCCCAAAAGGCGUCGUGGGUCCUCCUCCCUUGGCCACGGCGCCAGGUCCGAGACCUCCUAUCGUGCGCCCGAACAGGCAGGAAACAAGGAUGAGGAUCAAGAUCAAGCAUCAAGCAGUUCGGGAUCAAGGGAGCAGACCGAGCGAGAGCCUGGCCAGUCAGACCCACACCAAGUCGAUUCUGUCAGACUGGCGCUGCUCAAUGCAGCCAUGAAACACGUGAAAGCGCAUGGAUGGUCCGUUGCAGCACUGGAGGAGGGGGCAAGGGAUCUAAAGCUGUCUCCUGCUGCAGCGCGUAUGAUAUCUGAAGGGCCCGGAGGCCUGGUUCAGCAUUUUGUGGAUGGUGCAAACACUGAUUCGUUGAAGGAAUGCCAGACGCAUGACCUGCAAGUCCUUGAUCAAAGGGCAGCACUUGUGCUCAUGCUGCGGACCCGCCUGGAAAAGAACAUACCAUACAUAGGCAGCUUGCCCCAGGCGUUGAGACUCCAGGCACUGCCAAAGCACGCUCCCACAGCUUUCACAAGCCUGGCAGCAUUUGUGGAUCAGUGCUGGCACUUGUGUGGUGACCGCUCGAUGGACAUGGCUUGGUACCACAAGAGGACGGCGCUGAGUGCCAUAUAUGUGGCCACUGAGCUGUACAUGCUGACAGACUUCUCACCUGGCUUUGCAAACACAUGGACGUUCCUUGACAGGCGACUAAAGGGCAUGCUGAGCGUGCCUUCCCUGAUGGACGAGGCAAGAGGGUCGCUGUAUGCAGCCAUUGUGCAGGCAGGUGGAGUGGCAUCGAAGUGGGUUGGAGUGCGCUCCAGCAGCAAGCAAUGA